GCUGGUAUAUAAAGCAGCGCGCAAGCUUUUUACGCAUUACUUCGUCUCAUCUCUCGACGCUUUAAGUCGCAUUGAGAACGUUGUUCAACCUGAAUUUUUCCCUUUGUUAAUUUUUGCUAGUAACUCUAAACAAUCAAAAUGCGUGAAUGCAUCUCCAUCCAUGUUGGUCAAGCUGGUGUCCAGAUGGGCAAUGCUUGUUGGGAACUGUAUUGUUUGGAACAUGGUAUCCAGCCUGAUGGUCAAAUGCCCUCUGACAAAACUAUUGGCGGGGGUGAUGAUUCCUUCAACACAUUCUUCAGUGAGACUGGUGCAGGAAAACAUGUCCCUAGAGCUGUUUUUGUAGACUUGGAGCCUACUGUUGUUGAUGAGGUUCGUACUGGCACAUACAGACAGCUUUUCCACCCUGAACAACUGAUAACUGGUAAAGAAGAUGCUGCCAACAACUAUGCCAGAGGUCACUACACCGUCGGCAAGGAACUGAUUGAUCUUGUGCUGGAUCGUAUCAGAAAGCUGUCUGAUCAGUGCACUGGCCUUCAAGGUUUCCUCAUCUUCCACAGUUUUGGUGGUGGAACUGGCUCUGGAUUUACUUCCCUUCUCAUGGAGAGACUCUCUGUGGAUUAUGGCAAGAAGUCUAAGCUGGAAUUUUCAGUUUACCCUGCACCUCAGGUGUCUACAGCUGUUGUUGAACCCUACAAUUCCAUUCUGACCACUCAUACCACACUGGAGCAUUCCGACUGUGCUUUCAUGGUUGAUAAUGAAGCCAUCUAUGACAUUUGUCGUAGGAAUCUGGAUAUUGAACGUCCCACUUACACCAAUCUUAACCGCCUCAUUGGUCAGAUUGUUUCAUCAAUUACAGCUUCCCUUAGGUUUGAUGGUGCAUUGAAUGUGGAUUUGACUGAGUUCCAAACUAACUUGGUUCCUUACCCACGUAUUCACUUCCCCCUUGCAACCUAUGCUCCUGUCAUCUCGGCUGAGAAGGCUUAUCAUGAACAACUGUCUGUGGCUGAAAUCACCAAUGCAUGCUUUGAACCAGCUAACCAGUUGGUCAAGUGUGAUCCUCGUCAUGGCAAAUACAUGGCUUGUUGCAUGUUGUACCGUGGUGAUGUGGUACCUAAAGAUGUCAAUGCUGCUAUUGCUACCAUCAAGACCAAGCGCACCAUUCAGUUUGUAGACUGGUGUCCCACAGGUUUCAAGGUUGGCAUCAACUACCAACCACCAACUGUUGUACCUGGUGGUGACUUGGCCAAGGUCCAACGUGCUGUAUGCAUGUUGAGCAACACCACAGCCAUUGCUGAAGCCUGGGCAAGAUUGGAUCACAAGUUUGACCUUAUGUAUGCCAAGAGAGCUUUUGUGCACUGGUAUGUCGGUGAGGGUAUGGAAGAGGGAGAGUUCUCCGAAGCCCGUGAAGAUUUGGCUGCCCUAGAGAAAGAUUAUGAAGAGGUUGGAGUAGACUCAGUUGAAGCUGAGGGUGAAGGCGAAGGAGAGGAAUAUUAAUUCCAAAGGUCUUACCAACACAAUUUACAUUCUAUACCUAGAGUAAAUGCUGGGCGUUCUUUACUAGAGUUCUACAGUUUUUUAUUGUAUGGUUUAUGUUGAAUUGUUUUGGUGAAAUUAAAAUCUUGUUGAACAAAG